AUGGAGUCCCUCACGGCAAAAUUUACAACGGCCUUCCGGUCAGAGCGCCUUAUCUAUCGUGCAAUCGAUAUGCAGGACAUCCCCCUUGUGGCCCGCAUGCUCUGGGAUCCUGUCAACCAAGGAUUUGGCGAUCCUACCUUGUACACCCCUCUCAGCGGCACCGUCGGUAGCGUCAUGGUCCAAAAGGGACUUGAGGCAAGCCUCCUAGCCGUAUUGAUCUGCUUACCCAAUCCUCAGGCACAGCAAGAUGUUGCACCCGGUCUCCCGGGCAACAGUCUCCGUGCAGCCCAGGAAAGUGCCAUCCCCAUCGGCAGUCUGAUGCUGGGCAAGCCGACUGCGCCCCAGACUGACCAUUGGCGCUGGACAAGAAUGGGACUGGGCGUUGCGGAGGAGCACCAGGGUAAUGGAUACGGAAAGGAGGCUGUGAAUUGGGCGCUUGACUGGGCCUUUGAGUUUGCAGGCAUGCACCGUGUCGAGUUAACCACAGCCUCUUACAACGACAGGGCUAUUGCCAUGUACAAGAGCUUGGGAUUCAAAGAAGAGGGCAGAAAGAGAGAAACCAUCUACAUGGAUAGGCGGUGGUGGGACAUGGUUGAGUUUGGGAUUCUGGAAGGUGAAUGGGAGGCGCUGAGAGGCAAGAAGUCUGGCCAAAGCGGUGGACAACGCAUUUUUCAAGGGGGCUUUUGA